GAGUCUCCGGCUGCAUGAACGAGCCCCGAUUCACUACAAGCCUGAACUUCUACGAUGCGUCUCUCCCAUACCUCAACUGACUGCACAGCACAGUCUGCAGCAGCAUAGGAUGUAAUCAAUCCCACAUGUUUCACCUCUGCGACUCGGGGAUUUUCACUUUGAAUAUUUUUGUACUUUUUGUUUCAUUACACCCCGCUCGCCAUGCAAUGGAUAUAACUUACCAGACAUGACGGGGACUCAGUUUCUACCCUGCAAAGCCAAAACUCCGCUCAAUGCGAGGGGAGCCCGAAGUUCAUAAAAGGGAUUAUUUGCAUCUGGGUGCCUGAGACCUUCGGUGCCUCCGGAUUUUACUUUGGAUUUGGGAUUUAUCGGUUCUCACCGGGAUGGAAAGCCGAGAUUUCGCUCCUCCGCACCACCUCCUGACGGAGCGGAGCGCGUUGGUUCAUAGCGCCGCGUCUCGGAUGGCGCCAGGCGGCCACGGCUCCGUGCAGCACCCCGCUCACUUCCAACCCGGGAAAUACUACUCGUCCCACCUCUCCAUGGGUCCGCACUCAGGUCAGGACGGUUUACAGUCGUUCCUCGCUGCCAGUCUGGGUCCCCGUCCUCCCCACCCUCCUCAAUCCUCGUCUGCUGCCUCCCCCUCCUCCCCCUCCUACAGGGCUGGACCCCAUUCGAGGGCUUCCCCUAUCUGGUUCCCUCACUCACAUGAAGGGUACCCCAGCUAUUCAGGAAGUCUUGCUUCUCCUUUUCUCCCCAUGAGUCCCCUGGAUCACCAUAGCAACAGUCUCUAUGGACAGCACCGCUUCUAUGAAACUCAAAAAGAUCACUUCUACCUGAGAGGCCUUCCUCCCCAGCCCCCUCUGCUCUCCACCAGUCACAGCCUUCCUCCGCUUUCCAGGACUGCCCCAGGCCAUCCACUUGGCUCUUGCAGCCGAGAGACAGACAAUGGGGGAGGAGGCGGGAAGAGCACCAAGGAUGUGAGCGAGAAAGGGGUUUCAUCUGUUUCAAAAAUGAAGGAGCGAUCAAGCAGCAAGGAGCGGCACCAGGAGAGCAAAGACAAACAACAUCAGCUUCAUCAUCACCAUCCUCAUCAGACGAACCCUGCCACCACUCCAUCCGGCCACCACCACCAAGCUUACCCCCACCCUCACCAUUCCCUCCUUCCUCACCUCACACCACAGGGCAGGGAGGAGGACCACAGACACUCUCUAGAGCGACACAAGGAGUACAGAGACAGUGACCCGGGCAGUCAGGAGACAAAACAUAUGAGUGCCUGUAAACUGUCCAGUGGUUCGGUAGCAGAGACUGCCUCUGGAGGAAAGGGGGGAACACUAAGCAGCUGUAGUGGUGGUGGGGUGGGUAGACCUCCAUCUGGAGGCAGCAGGCGGUGCUCCAAGGAUGGACCCAUAAAUGGGGAGAUGAGGAUCAGCGAAUCCUCAGCUUCUUCCAAUGAAUGUAUGAGAAGAGGUGCGGCUGCAGUGACAGCCAUCUUGGCACCUCCAACGCCCCACUCUGUGGCCUCUUACUCCAUGCCUCCUCCUCCCCCUCCGCCACCUCCUCCUCAUGCCUUGCACAUGGGCUCCACCGUGGCAGGAGGGUGGCUACACCAUGCACAUCACCAUCCUCAUCCUGAGUUUUACUGUCCCCCAUCCACUCUUACACUGACACCCUCCAAAGAUCCAGCAUCCACCCCUGGAGGGUCUGGCAGGGAGGGGAAAGUAAUUGGCCCAACGUACGUGCCCUCAGUUGGGCCACUGGGGGACCUGGCAGCCACUGACUGUCGUGGAGCAGGAGGCGGUGGGAGAAAGGGAGAUGACAAGAGUGGAGAAGGAUCUUAUGAAAGUCCCUCUCAUCACCUCAGCCGACUUAGUAGUUGCCAGAAGAAGGACAAAUCCCAGCCGCAUCAGCAGCAGCUGGGAUAUGGCAAAGCUGACAAACCCCCUGACUGGAGCCACCAGACGCAGAACUUCCACAAACCCAGCCCCAAUGUGAGCUCUCAGCCUGAGCUGCGGUCCUGCAGCAUGGAAACGCCUUCAUCCUUCAGAGAUGUAGAGGUUGUGGACGAUGUUUACCGGCCCUCACUCCCACUAGAUGCGCAAGCAACACACCCUGGUACUGGACAGGGCAUACACAAGAAUGGCCCCGACACCAGCAGUCCUCCCUUCAGGGACUGUUCCCAUUCAGGACCUCAUCCUAAUGGGAGAGUGGGGUCAGGGGCUCACAGGGAGGGACAAAAGGUUGCAAGGAUACGGCACCAGCAACACAGCAGCCAUGGAGCAAGUGCAGAAGAGAGGGGAAGAGACGGAGGUCAGACAGCACCUUCCUGGGGGGCUCGAGGGGCCUACCAAGAUGAUCAGAGAAAAGGCUCCCAUCAUGCAUCAGUUGGUAAUAGUGAAAUAAGAGGGCCUAGCAACAGAGCUCCAAACAGUGACCACACCCAACCCCAUUCUCAGCCGCCACCUCUAUCUCGCUCCUCAUCGCACACCUCCGAGGGUGAGGGCAGUGCCAUGAAAAACCUAAUGAACUACAGCUCCCAGCAGCCUAUGAUGCUGCCGCAGCGAGGCCCCUUCGGAGGUCUGGGCUGCCUCAAGCCGGGUGGAGAGAGAUCAGAGAAGGGGGACAGAGGAGGAGCUAAAAGCAACACCUCCCUUCAAGACCCUCCCAAACAAUCGCUCCCUCCUCGCCGGGGAUCCACUAACGAGGGAGAGAGGGGUGAAAGAGGUGGGAAGGAGGCAGGGGAGGCAGGUGAGGGGGAGGUGCGACAGCCUCCGGUGGGUAUUGCGGUUGCAGUAGCCAGGCCCCCCCAUCGUUCCCCAGACAACACCCCUGGACACAGCAGACAGGGCAGGGUGCUGCCCAGCAUGAAAGGCGUGUCACGCCCUGUGUAUCCUCUUGGUCGGGAGGCAGAGGAGAGGAAGAGGAUGACAGAGGAACAGAUCAACCUUCAUCACCUGGACAGAGACAGAGAAAUGAUCAUCAGGGAAAACAAGGAUCGCGUGGAGUUCGCCAGGAUCCACCCUUCUAGUAGUUGCCAUGGUGACCUGACCUCUCACCUCUUGGUUCCUGGAGGGGCCAGUCAGUUAGGGGCGGACCCUGCUGCACACGCUCAUCCAGCUCACCACCACUGGAUGCAAAGGACAGAAAGUCCCUCCCUCUGGAUGGGACAUUCAUACAGUCUGAGCCAUGUGGGAAUGAGUCCCGGCUUCCCGCCAGGUCUGCCCGGCCCUCUGCAGCCCGUCUUGGGGUCGCUCACCCAAGACCCUAACUCCCCGCUGGUGGUCCUUCCCACAGAGCCUGGGCCUCAUCAUCACCUCGACAUUCUGGAGCAGUCAGGUCUGUGGCCCCCUGUGUACGGAAGCAGAGGGCCUCCUUCUCACCUGCCGCAUCACCCUGUCUACUCCCGCUCCUCAUUCCUACGGCAACAGGAGCUGUACGCCCUGCAGCAUCAGCACCAGCAGCAACAGCGAGCCAUAGAGCACAUGCAGCGCCACUCCUUAGGACAGAGAAAACACGAGGAGCACGCCAUAACCAUAGAGGACUCUCCUCACGAAUCUUCUGCAUCCAGAACUCCCUCCUCUUCUUCCACUUCUUCGUCCACCACCUCCUCUCAUGUGGCCAAGCCGUUCUCUCACACCCCUCCUCCACCCAAGACGCCCACGCCAUCUCCCGGGAUGUGUCCCAGCAGCCGUCAGUCACCCUGCUACCAUUCUCCGUCCAGGCGACCGCACCCACCAAACCCACUGACCCCAGCGCCAAGCCCGGCUGCAGCGGCACCCCGCUCCCCUGCACUCAGCCCUGCUCCCUCACACCUUUCUAAGGGGCUGGAGAGGGGCAGUGACAGAGGAGAGGGACAGCCACCUCAGGACUACCCACAAUCCCUAGAACCAGCCGGCCCAGCUGCUACAGAGAGCUCCAAGAGACUCAGGGCCGGGCUGAAUUUACUGGAGGAAAAAGCCAGGAAGAAAAUGUCCAAUCACGGCUUCAACAGCCUGAGCGCUGCACAGAUGAAAGCUCGCUGUAAGCACAGAGGUCAGUCCAGCGCCCUGAGCUCGAGGCUGGCCAGGCGUGUAACCCAGCUGAAGCAGAAGGCUGCGGCCCAGCGUGGCGCACCAACAGGCAUGCUGCACUGCAGAGGGACCCCUGGUGAGGAAGGCGCUUCGAAGAAUCACUGCAGACAAGGAAGAAAAGACCUGCAGCAGGACUGGACAGCUGGUCAGACCAUUCAGAGGAAAAGGGGUCGAAAACCCAAAGCGCUGAUAAGCAUCAACCUGAAUAGAGCUCACCACAAGGACAGCCGGGCUUCUGAGAAACAGGAAGUUAGAGAAGAGAAGAGUGACAGCGAGAGCUCAGAGCGUGAGGAGGAGGACGGCAGCUAUGACAGUGAAGAUGGAGUCGGUGACAUCAAGAUAAGCUCAUCCUCUAAAGAAGCUCCUGCAAACCCUGCCGGGAUUGUGCCCUUUUCAUCGCAGUCCUCCAGGCUCCAAGCAAACCAGAAAGCCAGGAGUAAAAGACAGGGGCCUCACAGCAUGGGGAGCAUGUCCAGUAUAGAUCAGAGGAGAGCACCCAGAAGGCCAAGCCUCUCCAACACAGAAAGGGGACGUCCGGACCACCAGGGGACUAAAAAAGUGUAUCUGCCCAGCUGGGGUGUGUCGUCAGUGGGCUGCAGCUUCGGGGAAAGCCGAGGGAACCAUGGAGCUCUGAUAGAUGCAAACAGGGCCAACAGGGAAGCUGUGAGGAGGAGCUCAGCAGGGCAGGGCGUUCUGGGAAAGACCAAAGGCCACGCAGUGAGCCGGCUCCUGCAGAGCUUUGCAGCUGACGAUGGCUUUCGGUUGGAUGAGGAAAGCAGCUUCUCCGAGGGCGAGGAGGAGGAAGAGGAAGAGGAGGAGACGAAGGACAAAAUGUUGAUUCACCUCCCUCCCAACAUGCCUUGCAGAAUACCCGCCCUGCCAAACUGUGUGUUGAGUAAAGAGAUGUUGGUGGACGGGCUGAAGAUCCUGAUCUCCAAGGAGGAUGAGCUGCUCUACGCUGCCUGUGUCCAAACUCUGGACUUGCCUGACAUAUUCAGUGUUGUCAUCGAAGGGGAACGAGGGAAUCGCCCCCGGAUCUACUCGUUGGAACAACUUUUACAGGAAGCUGUGCUAGACGUGCGGCCCCAGACUGAGGCCAUCCUGACUGCGGGGACGCGAGUGUGUGCCUAUUGGAGCGAACGCUCCCGCUGUCUCUAUCCUGGAUACGUCCAUCGAGGUGGUCCUGGUGAGGAGGAGAAAGAGGGUAGUGUGAUGGUGGAGUUUGAUGAUGGAGACAGAGGAAGGAUCUCCCUUGCAAACAUCAGACUUCUGCCCCCUGGGUACCAAAUCCACUGUGCGGAACCCUCUCCAGCACUUCUGAUCUCACCUGGUCGCCGGGGUCGACGAAGCUCCACCCAGGAGAAGAAAGACACACCCACAGAGAAAUCAGCCAAUGAGGACCAAUCAGGGAGGCCCCAAGAGAAAAGACCAGUUGGCAGACCGAAGAAAAUCCACUCAGUGCCUAAGACUGCCAGCACACCAACAUCUGUAACAGACACUGUAACCAAAGGCAACGCUUCCUUGUUGAACUGGUCCGUGCCCAGGAAGAGACCACCAGUUGACUUCUUCCUCUUCAAUGGGACGUACCGUAAGACCCAGAGGAGGAUACGAGAGCGAGACUUAGGAUUCUUUCACCGGCCCGCCUCCCACCCUCUAGCAAACCCAAUGCCUAUCAAAGGCAUCUUUGGCUCCCCUUUUGAAGGUGACUCAUUCAGUAGCAUUGCCAACGGCUACUCUACCUUCGGAAGCUCUGGCGCCGGGCGACCGGUUACCACAGUAGCUUCCAUGGGGCUCCGGGAAUCCCCGUCCUCUGCUUGCUCCUCAGCUGUCACCACGGCAAUGGCUGCUGGAAGCAGGAAGCCAGUGAGCGAACGUGACAGGAAACAGUUCCUGGUGAAGCUUGACCAUGAAGGAGUGACCUCUCCUAAAACAAAGAACGGCAAGGCCCUGCUUCGACUGGGGGGGAGUGGAGGAGGAGAGAGGAGCAGAGGCAAGAGUCUCGCCUCCACAGGAGCACCGCUGCGAUACAUCCACCCUGCCAUGCUGGUAAAGGAUGGCAAGAAGGGAGGAGGGGAAAGAGACAGCGCUGGGGCCCGUUCUGAGGCUAUUCCAAAGGGCACUCCGCCUCUAAGAAAGGAUCUUCUGCCAGGAGGUCUUGGAGUCCAAGGGGGGGAUUACAGUUUGGACUACCCCAGUGACUGCCCCAGCUCUUACUCUGAGCUGGACGAGGAUGAUGAGGAUGAUGGUCAAGAUGCUGAAGCACGUAGAGGAAGUGCACCAGUCACGUCCCACCGUGGUGGUCGUUUUCUCUCUCGUCUCUCCGUCUGCUUCUCCUCAUCAUCCUCUUCUUCUUCCUCCUCCGGCUCAAUCUCCUCCUCAUCCCUCUGCUCCUCAGACAAUGAUUCCUCUUACUCCUCCGAUGAAGAGUCCUCCUCUGUGCUGCUGCGCCGCGCACUGCUCCAGCAGGACAAACAGAAGCACAGGCAGAACAUGACCUCCGACCUCCUGAGCCCUGACCCUACCACCUCCAGCUCGUCUCCCUCUGCCUCAGCCCCGGCUCAUGGCUUUGUGGCCAAAGCCAGCAUGGCUGUCUCUGGGUCAAAGGUGAGAGCUGACAGAGCAGAAGACAGGAAGGAGUUCAUGUCAAAAGGAAGUAUGGUGGCUAACAGUAGCACAGGUAAGGCUCAGCUGAAGAGGAAAGAAGGAAUUCCUAACAGCCACCAUCAGAGCCAAAGCAGUCCUGGGAGCCAGCAGCCUAAACCGGCCUCCAAGGACCCGGCAACAGCUAAGAGACAGAGAAUGUCUUCUCCCGAGCCUCUGCCCAACAUGGCUCCCCUUCUGCCUGGACGCCAGCUCUGGAAAUGGUCUGGCAACCCCACACAGAGGAGAGGUCUGAAGGGUAAAGCCCGCAAGCUUUUCUACAAGGCCAUCGUGCGGGGCAAGGAGACGGUGCGUGUCGGGGACUGUGCUGUGUUCCUGUCACCUGGCCGGCCCCAGCUGCCCUACGUGGGCAGAGUGGAGAGCCUCUGGGAGUCGUGGAGCUCCAGCAUGGUGGUCAGGGUCAAGUGGUUCUACCACCCAGAGGAGACUCGGCUGGGGAAGCGACACCGCGAUGGCAAAAAUGCCUUGUAUCAGUCGAGCCAUGAGGAUGAGAAUGAUGUGCAGACUAUCUCCCAUCGCUGCCAGGUGGUCAGCAAGACAGAGUAUGAUCACCUAAUGCUUGAACGUAAGCCCGGCAGCACGGUGAACGACCUGUUCUACCUAGCAGGAACGUAUGAACCGACCACAGGCCAGCUCAUCAGCGCGGACGGCAUGACCAUUGUGUCCUAGCACCACCAGCUAGAGAGAAAUCCAAAUAAUUGACCUGAAGUCUGGAGUUCACUGCUUCCAGGAUGGUUCAGAACAGAGCAGGGGACAGAGGGAAACCAAGACAAAGAGUUUGGGCUCUGCGUAUUGAUCUGUCCCUUGUAAGAGAAGGAGCUAGCCCACUGGAUAAAGCCCGACAGUACUGGCACUUAGAGGAGUCUGGUUUGUUCUGGGGAAAAGUCUGAUCCAUGCCAGAUUUAACUUCUGUAUCAGAUGUGGACUGAGGCUCCUUGUUGCAGCCAGAGUCUACAGCCUUCCCUGUGGCUGGAAUAACAGAGCGUCUCGUCACUGCGACAAGAUUACUGCAACAAAAGAACAGGAACGAAGGACAUGAGCACUUUGGAGUACGGUAGCUUGGAUAUGCUAUGGAGGAAAGGGUGGCGGACUUGGCUUUCUGAAACACAGACUGGCUCAGAGAGCAGGAGAGACUGUAUGGGAAGGAGAGACUUACUGUAAACCACACUGGUUUGGAGGGUUUUAAUGGUCUUAUACUGGUAGUUUGACAUGAUCCCAACAUGAUUGGGAAAUCCCCAACAGGACCAAAAAACACUGUAGUUCGGACUUUGUGUGUAAAUGCGUGUAUGUAUGUGUGUGUGUGUGUGAGUGGGUUUUCAGAGUGGCUGCAAUGACCCUGUUUGGCAUUUAAUGAGCUCUAAGUAAAUAGUGCGUUGGUGUGUGUUUGUACUGUGUGUGUGGUCAUGCACGUGUACACCUGUGCUCAUCAAGAAAAGAUGACGUCAUGACAUGCCGUCGGUAUGUCUCUAACACUCUGAAUAUUAAUCUGUCCAGUUCCUAAUGUGCAGAAAUUAUUGCUUCUCCUGUCAAGCCAUACACGUCAAUACCUCUCUCUCGUAUCCUCCGAUUCAGGUGCGAAGACACAUGUACAGGUUGUUGGAUUGUUUAUGUGAGUGGUGCGAGCAUGUUGGGGUGCGUGCGUAUGUGUGCGCGGGAGUGUUUGUGUGUGUGUGUGCUUUGUACAGCAUUAUGUAUAAUAUAACAUGUUGUAAAUAGUAUACAUAUAUAUUUGUUCUUGUUUUUUGUUGUUUUCUUUUGCAGAGAUUAUUUUAUUUAGAUUUUUUUAGGGUGUGUGGGUGGGUUUGGGAGGGUCUGACAGAGGGAGGAGGAUGGGUUAGUUUCCUUCUCUCUCAAUGCACUGAACAGGAUUGGAGGUUUGGAUUUGCGGUCAAACUGUACAACUGAUGUGAAGACUUUGUGGUUGUAAGCCCUGCUUUAGGCGAAGGGUGAAUAUGUUGAAAGGGUGUUUGGGAAAUGUUGCUUUUAUAAGGAAAUCAGAAAAAGGCUCUUUUUAAACAACUUUUUUUCUCUUUAUUUUAAUCUGUUGGGUUUUGAAUGUGCAUUUCCUGUUGGGAGCUUUUUUGAAAAACAAAUACUGGAAAAGAAACUGAGUUUCUGCUGUUCUCUGAUCCUAAAAGAAUCUAGUUAUUCUUUAUCUAUUUUAGCCUGUAUUCCUAUAUAAAAUGUAGAUAUUUAUCUGGCAUCAAAAAGAAACAUACCAAAGCACCUGUGAGUUUACGCUUCGCCGCAUUAGAAGAAAACAAUUUUAUGAAAAAGACAAAAAAACGAUCAAUCAAAUCUGAAUCCGGGACCCCUGCAAUCACCGAGGUAUUUUAAGUAGAGUUCCUCUCGUUGACUGCUCGUGUUCAUCCAGCGUUGCUAUGACAGUCUCUGAGAAACGUUGCAGCAACAUUGUCUGCACACUGCCCAGCUGAUGCACUUGAGGUCUCUAUGGCAACCAGAAUGGCAUCACGUGACUGUGAAGGACAAUCAGAGCCAAUCAAUGGGACAAUGUUGAGAGACAAAAAAAACAAGAUAAGGAUCAAAUCACAAAUUAUGCUUCUUGUCACUUUUAUUCCUGCUUUGCCAAAAAUGUCUCUGUGUGUUUUAUGUUUGCUUGUUUUCCUCGUUUACCAUUGUCUUACUGUUUAUGCAAGCCUGUAAUGACUGUUUGUUGUCAGUGUAUAGGAUGUACAGGGGGGAAGAACGUGAAUGCCUUUUUCUUUUUCUAAGACAUUGACUGACUUUUAACAACAAUGUUGCUGUUACACUGCAAAGCAAAAGCUUUAAAAGUAAUCUAAUGUGAAACUCAGUUUUAAAAUAUUACUUUUAUGGGUCUUUAAUUGAAUUUUUUUAAAGCUGUAUUUUCUUUAAGAAACACUGGAUUCAGUUCUAACCAUCACGUUUUGACAGAAGCGACAUCAUUGUGUUUUUUUAGACCCACUGGAACUUGCUUUGUACGGUUGAGAUAGCCUACUAAAAUAUAUUAUGUAAUUUCAGUCAUUCUUUGGAAAUAUGACUUAAAUAUUUCCUCAUGUACAAAAGGAAAAAUUUAUUUAUCUUAAUUUUAUUGCCUUUUUGUGUUUCAUUAAAAAGAU